AUGUUUAAAGACCACCAAGGAGUCACACUGGUUGGUCUUCACUACAGUGUCAAUAAAGUCGUUCGUGACGUAGCCCCGGGAGAUGUCAAUGUCGAUAUCAGGACCAAAACAGGUGGGAAGUGGGUGUACGAAGACAGCACCACGGAGGUGAAGCCUGGCGACACCGUCCAUUACUGGUAUCUGGUGGUCAUUGAAGGCCAGGGCGGCCAUAAUGACCUCAACUUGCAAUGGACAGUGCCAGUUUCAACUACGCCUUCACCAUCAACCUCGACGUCCACGCACUCGUCAUCAACUACCACACCAGGGUCGUCAGGGAGUACGACCUCUUCCACUCACCAUUCUACUAAGUCGACUACCACUACUACUAACAAACCAGGCCCAGGACCUACGUCCCCUCCCCAGCCACAUCCAACUGGUUGUACAACUUACCCGUGCGUCAUAUUUGAAGACGAUUUCGACACUUUGGAUUUCUCCAAAUGGCAACAUGAGAUCACUAUGGGAGGUGGCGGGAACUGGGAGUUUGAGUAUUAUACAAACAAUCGCAGCAACACGUACGUCAGAAACGGCAUCCUAUUCAUUAAACCUACCUUGACGAGUGACAAAUUCAGCGAACAAUUCUUAUCCAACGGUGUGAUGGAUAUUUGGGGUGGAGGUCCUGCGGACCUGUGCACCAGCAAUGCGUUCUGGGGCUGCGAGCGACAGGGUACUGGGAGCCACUAUAUCAACCCCAUCCAGUCUGGUCGUCUACGCACAGUGAACAGUUUUAACUUCAAGUACGGAAAAGUGGAGGUGGAGGCCAAGAUGCCGACGGGAGAUUGGAUCUGGCCUGCUAUCUGGAUGUUACCACGCUACCAAAACUACGGCGAGUGGCCGGCCUCUGGGGAGAUAGACAUCGUAGAGAGCCGAGGUAACGCUGACCUUAAGGACGAGAAAGGCGAGCCCCAAGGAGUAAACACAUUCGCAUCCACACUUCACUGGGGACCUUUCUAUGGCGCAGACCCGUUUGAGAAGACCCAUGGCGGCGCAGUUGCAAAGUCGGGGACGUUCGGCACAGCAUUCCAUAAUUACACCAUGGAAUGGGACGAAGCUGGAAUAAGAACGUUCCUCGACGGUGACAAAAUCCUAGAUGUCGCUCCAGACGAGGGCGGGUUCUGGAAGCUUGGCGAUUUCAGCAAUACUAUACCUGGCUCAGACAAUCCUUGGAAAGGAGCACCAAACCCCAGAAUGGCACCAUUUGAUCAGGAAUUUUAUCUACUUAUGAACGUAGCCGUAGGGGGCACAAAUGGUUUCUUUCAAGACAAUUGGGUCAAUAAUGGCCCAGCCAAGCCAUGGAAAAAUGCCUCCCCGACCGCUCCCAGGGAUUUCUGGCUGGCCAAGAAUAGCUGGUAUCCCACUUGGACCCCGACCGAAAACAACGGGGAGAAUGCAGCCUUACAAGUAAAGAGCGUCCGGGUCUGGAAAUUAAAACCCGACCCUUAAGCACAACACUUUUAAAGUGCGCUUCCCCAAAAAAUUAAACUUUUUUUCUUUCAUGGGCGCUAUAUUUCACUAGAAAAUAAAGACAAGUUUUAGUUGGUAGACUAUAUCUUGCAUUUACAUGAUGCAAAUUUUGUCCGGAUGCAUAACAAGAACACGCUCUAACCAUUAUGAUGUCGCGUCGCUGACUGCAUUGUACCUGUUACUAA